CUGUCUGACUGUCCACGACACGACACGCUUAAUUGUCACGCUGCAGGCACGGAGACACCCAGGACCAACCCGCCUGGACAUCAUCCCAACAAGCAGGCCAGCUAUGGGCUCCAUGUUCCGCAGCGAGGAGGUCUGCCUGGUGCAGCUCUUCCUCCAGUCCGGCUCGGCCUACAACUGUGUCAGCGAGCUGGGAGAACUGGGCCUGGUGGAGUUCAGAGAUUUGAAUCCUAAUAUAAACGCCUUUCAGAGGAAAUUUGUCGGGGAGGUCAGAAGAUGUGAGGAGCUGGAGAAAACCUUUACUUUCCUGGAGCAGGAGAUCAAGAGAUCCAUGUCCCCUCCUUUGAACGGACGCCUCCCCCCUCCUUGUCCGACACCUUUGGCCCCCCAGCCCAGAGAGCUCAUCACCAUCGAGGAAGAGAGCGAAAGACUUGCCAGAGAGCUCCGAGAGGUGUCCAGGAACAGAGACAGUCUUCGGGCUCAGCUGACCCAACUUUGCCAGUACAGAGGGGUGCUGACAAAAACCCACUCCCUCACAGCUUCCCAGGCACCCCCACCUAUUCUAGAAAGCCAAGGCCUGUUUGAUAACCGCCAUGACGUCCGUCUAAGUUUUGUAGCGGGCGUGGUCCACCCUUGGAGGGUCCCCUCAUUUGAGCGCUUGCUGUGGCGGGCGUGCCGCGGUUAUAUCAUCGUGGAUUUCAGAGAAAUGGAGGAUCGCCUUGAGCACCCCGACACGGGAGAGAUGGUGCAGUGGACCGUGUUCCUCAUUUCCUUCUGGGGGGAUCAGAUUGGCCAGAAAGUGAAGAAGAUAUGCGACUGCUUCCGCACGCAGACGUUUGCGUAUCCCGAGAGCACGACUGAAAGAGAAGAGAUUCUUCAGGGACUUCAAGGGAGAAUUGAAGAUAUCAAAUCAGUGUUGUCUCAGACCGAGUCCUUCCUGCAGCAGCUGCUGAUGCGGGCGGUGGCCGUGCUGCCCCAGUGGAAGGUGCGAGUCCAGAAGUGCAAGGCGGUCCAGAUGGUCCUCAACCUCUGCAGCCCCUCGGUCACUGACAAGUGUCUGAUCGCUGAGGCGUGGUGUCCCGUCGCCAAGCUGCCCGAGCUGCAGAGCGCCCUGAGAGAGGGAGGGAGAAAAAGCGGCAGUGGCGUGGACUCCUUCUACAACCGCCUGCCGUCAUCCUCCUCUCCGCCUACCCUCUUCCCAAUCAACUCCUUCACGGCCGGUUUCCAGAACAUUGUGGAUGCCUACGGAGUGGCCAGCUACCGGGAAGUCAAUCCAGCGGUGUACACCAUAAUUACAUUCCCCUUUCUGUUUGCGGUCAUGUUUGGGGAUGUGGGUCACGGUGUGCUGAUGACUCUGGCCGCCCUCUGGAUGGUUCUGGAGGAGAAGGACCCCAAACUGAGAAGCAACAAUAAUGAGAUCUGGAAGAUGAUGUUCGGCGGUCGGUAUCUGAUCCUGCUGAUGGGACUGUUCUCCAUCUACACGGGAGCUAUUUACAACGAGUGCUUCAGCCGAGGUCUCAGCACCUUCAGCUCAGCGUGGCACGUCGGCCCGAUGUUUGAAAAUAACAUUUGGAACUCUUCCGUCCUGGCGGGGAGUCAGUACUUGGCCAUGAAUCCUGUGGUGCCUGGCGUCUUCACCAGCCCUUAUCCGUUCGGGAUUGAUCCAAUUUGGGGUUUAGCCAACAACAAACUGACCUUCCUCAACUCGUACAAGAUGAAGAUGUCCGUCAUCAUAGGCGUCAUCCACAUGACUUUUGGAGUCAGCUUGUCCUUCUUCAACUACGUGCACUUUGGGAAGCUGAGCAGCGUGUUCCUGGUGCUGAUCCCAGAGCUGUUUUUCAUGCUGUGUUUGUUCGGGUACCUGGUGUUUAUGGUGGUGUUCAAGUGGAUCGCCUACACUUCAGACCAGUCCCAAGUGGCCCCAAGUAUACUCAUCCAUUUUAUAGACAUGUUCCUCUUCACGGAAAACCCAGACAACCAUCCUCUCUACACGGGACAGGGUAUUGUUCAAAAAGUCCUGGUGGUGUUGGCACUUUGCUCCGUGCCCGUCCUCCUGCUUGGCAAACCCCUCUUGGAGUACAUGACACACAAGGGGAGAAGGCGUCUGCCACAUCAGGAAGAAGAGCGACACCUUCUGGUGGCCGACGAAGGCUCCAUCAACACCCGACAGGGGGAGGUGGAAGGCGGGUGUGCGGAGGAGAAGGAGUUUGAUGGCGCUGACGUGUUCAUGCACCAGGCCAUCCACACCAUCGAAUACUGCCUGGGCUGCAUCUCCAACACGGCCUCCUACCUGCGACUCUGGGCUCUCAGUCUGGCACACGCACAGCUGUCGGAGGUGUUGUGGGUCAUGGUGAUGCGUAUCGCUCUCAGGUGGCAAGGCUACGUGGGCUCCGCAGUUCUCUUUGUGGUCUUUGCCUUCUUUGCAGUGUUGACCGUCGCCAUCCUGCUCGUUAUGGAGGGCCUGUCAGCUUUUCUUCACGCACUACGUCUGCACUGGGUGGAGUUCCAGAACAAGUUCUACAGCGGCACAGGCUACAAGCUGAACCCCUUCUCCUUCUCUUCUCUGAUCAAUGCAUCAGCUGCCAUGUGAUCAUCAGACCGCCCACGCACAAAAUGAUUCAUUUCACGUACGUCAACAAGUGCUUGGGACUGCAGAAACCUGCCUGAGACGAUGUCACAGUUUGUUUGCACAAUGAACACGACUGUUAUUACAAUGACAUUUUAAGAAACUAUUGUCUUACUUUUCAAUUUGUAUUUACUGCAUUCUUUCUUAUUCAUUCCAGACACUUAGGUAUUGAUUUUUUCCCCCACCGUAAUUAACAUUAUGAUAUUCUUACAAAUUGAAAAAGGAAGUUAUUGAAUUGGGGUUUUCUACUUAAUUUAGUUAACGGCCACAUUAUCAUGAUUCUCACCCGCUAAUGAAGCUUUAUCCACCAAACAGUGUUGUGUUACAGAUGCAUAACACAUUUUAACUUGAAAAAUUGUAGCAGUUUUCUCUUGUGCCUUACUCAGAUUGAUUGUUUAUUCAUUUUCAUGACAAUACCUUGGACCACAUUCUUUCUGUUUUUUUUCCUUAUGCAUCGUCAAAGUGAUCAAAUUUGAACUCAAAUUAAAUAUGAUUUUCUUGUA